AUGGCAUUGCAAGACAAAAGCAAUGAAAUUAGAGAUUAUAAAAGAAAGUGUAGCGAAUACCAGGACAAACUAUCUGAACGUGAAAAUCAGCUAACCCUUAUGGAAGAAUCACGGAGAAAGAAUGAUGAAGAAUUCGUGGGUCUCAAGAAAGAGAAUGAUAAAAUACGACGAGAUAAAGAAGAAAUUGAACGGAAAUUCCGACGCUUGAAUGAACGAUUUGAACGCUUAGAUGCUGAGAAAAAUGAGACGCAAAAGGCAAUUGAACAACUUCAGAAUGAAAUUCACUCACUCAAUGUCAAUCAUCAGGAAACGUUAAAUGAAAUAUUCAUAAAGCAACGAGAAGAACUUGCUGAGCGUCGAAAAUAUUUUGAAGAUGAGCUGGAAGAACGCGAUACCGAUAAUACCCAAAGACUCUUGGCCUUAAAGAAUGAACUCGAAAAGUCCAGAAAUGAAAUAGAAGAACUUCGGGAUCAGCUUCGAAAUGCUCAAGCUGAUUGUAUGGCAGAGCAUCGUCGAAUGGCUGAAGGAGAAAAUAUUAUCCUCGAACAUCAGUUAGCAUUGCGGAACCUACGCGAUGAAAACAGAGAUAAUAAGAUUGCAAAUGAUGCGAAAGAUAUACGUAUCAUAGAAUUGCAACGAAAUAUUGACGAUUUAGAAUUGGAAGCAAAACAGAAGGAUGAAAUUUUGGGAAAACUUCAAAAUGAAAAGUCAAUUUUGGUAACUAAGAAUACCUCUUUGUUGGCAGAUAUCAAUACAUUGCGCGUUAAUAUUAUGGAAAACAAGAAUGUAUUGGAGCAGAAUGAAGAAGCUUUGGAAAAUGCUACUACAAAAAUUUCUGAAAUUACGAUGCAACUGGAAGAUCGUGAUCAGAAAAUUUUCUUACUGGAGAAAACAGUGACAGACUAUGAACUUAAAAUUGAUUCGACAAAUGAGCAAAUUCUUAAUACUAAGGUAGAACAGGCGAUGAGAAAAGAAGAAUUGGAACAAAGUGCUGGGAAGAUUUUGGCACUCGAUCAAGAAAAACAAAACUCUUGA